GUCUCGGGCGGCCGCAGCGCAUGCGCGCAGGAAAGGGAGACGCGACUCGCCGCGGGGCUGAGGUCCGGGAACCUCGGCCCAGGCGGGCUGGACCAGGAUUCUGAAGCGGCGCGCGCAGCGGUCGGGACGUGACCGCGCUCCACUGCGCUGGGCUCACCGCCGGGACCCACCCGGGAUCUGGCUGCGGACCUUGUCUUUUUGCGGCCCGCGUCGACGCGUGGGCGGGAGGUGGAGGCGGAGCCCGCGGUCCUAAGACCAGCGAUUGGCUGGUUCCGCUUUCCCGUCGCUUUCCACCCUGCUGAGUUGUGGUGUGAAGUGACCGCCGACUAGGAACCGGCACUCUGCGGGGGUGGGCUUUGCUUUUCCAGUGAAGUGUUAACCUCGCCCACGGGAGUUUCAGCUCUCCACCUGCCGAAGUUUCCGGAAAUAGUUUCAGGUUUUUUUUUUUUUUCGGUCGGUGGGAGACGUUCGCAUUUAUGGUUGCCUCUACAUGAGUUUUUUGAUGGCAACUUAAAUGACUGAUUUUUUUUAUUAGAAACACUGUAUAUUUUCUCCCUCGGGGGCUCGUUCAUAUCCUUACUUUCCAUGACAGAUCUUAACGACAAUAUAUGCAAAAAAUAUAUAAAGAUGAUCACUAAUAUAGUUAUAUUGAGCCUGAUCAUUUGCAUUUCUUUAGCUUUCUGGAUUAUGUCUAUGACUGCAAGCACCUAUUAUGGUAAUUUACAGCCUAUUUCUCCUUGGCGUUGGCUGUUUUCCGUUGUCGUUCCUGUUUUGAUUGUCUCUAAUGGCUUUAAGAAGAAAAGUCUAGACCACAGUGGGGCUUUAGGAGGACUUGUGGUUGGAUUUAUCCUAACCAUUGCAAAUUACAGCUUUUUUACCUCUUUGCUGAUGUUUUUCCUUUCUUCUUCAAAACUCACUAAAUGGAAGGGAGAAAUAAAGAAGCGUCUAGAUUCAGAAUACAAAGAAGGCGGGCAGAGGAAUUGGAUUCAGGUAUUCUGUAAUGGAGCUGUGCCUACAGAGCUGGCCCUGCUGUAUAUGAUAGAAAAUGGCCCUGGGGAAAUCCCAAUAGAUUUUUCCAAGCAGUACACUGCUUCCUGGAUGUGUUUGUCUCUCUUGGCUGCACUGGCCUGCUCUGCUGGAGACACGUGGGCUUCAGAAGUUGGCACUGUUCUGAGUAAAAGCCCGCCAAGGCUAAUAACAACCUGGGAAAAAGUUCCAGUUGGGACCAAUGGAGGGGUCACAGUGGUGGGCCUUGCCUCCAGUCUCCUUGGUGGUACCUUUGUGGGCAUCACGUACUUCCUCACACAGUUGGUUUUUGUUAAUGAUUUGGACAUUUCUGCUCCCCAGUGGCCAAUUAUUGCAUUUGGGGGUCUGGCUGGAUUACUAGGAUCAGUUGUAGACUCAUACUUAGGAGCUACAAUGCAAUUUACUGGUUUAGAUGAAAGCACUGGCAUGGUGGUCAACAGCCCAGUGAAUGAGGUGAAGUACAUAGCAGGGAGACCGAUUCUUGAUAACAAUGCAGUGAAUCUGUUUUCUUCUGUCCUUAUUGCCCUCUUGCUCCCAACUGCUGCUUGCCAUUUUUGGCCCAGCGAGUGAACUUUAUUUCAUUUACAAAGGUUGAAACUGUGGUAAAUUCAGCUAAAUUUGCAAUUCUGAGUUUCAUCAUAAAAAGAAUAAUUACAAUGGCAAAGAGGAAAUAUCAGCUCUUCCCAUAUUCCAUUGUGAUGAAAUUCCACACUUUUCCUUUCAUUAACUCCCUUGUAACAGCUAACAUGUUUGUAGUGAAAGAUAAGUAUACACAGAACUUAUUCAUAUUUUUCUUCUGCUGAGUAGAGCUUCUUGAGCAAUGAAGCUAUGAUAUCCAUAUAUGUUGCUAUAUACUGAACUGAAAAUUCCUAUGGAGUAAAUAAUAGAUUUUGUUCUCAUUAAACCAGUAUAGGGACUAAAAGUGUAAUGCCACAUGUAACAGUUACCCAAAUUGUAGUUUGGGGUGGUUUAAACUGAUGUGUGUAUGUGGAAUCCUGAAUAAGUGUAAUUCUGGACUCCAUUACUUGCCAUACACAAUUGGGAAAAGUGUGGGGUUUGGUUCUUAAUGAGCUAUGAGGCCUACUCCACAUUUGUUCUCCCUUUCUCAGGGUUAGUAAUGGGAAAAAAGUAAAUGUCUUUUUCAUAUGACCAUUAGAAAGCAUACUUUUUUAAGUAAAAGCAAAAAAGAUUUAUAUCUAAGAUAUGUGCACCUUCUAUUUCAAUUGAUCUUUGAGAAGUUAUCUUGUAUUUAAUAUUUUUUAAUGUAUUUUCUAGUUUUCUUUGAAAUUUGUAUAGGAAUUUGUUUUACUUUGGCAUCCUGAACAAUUAGAGUCACUGGGAAACUAUUGUAACUGUUUUUUUAUUUGCUACCUAGGAUUCACUGGAAGAUGCUAUAAUUUCCUCUUCUGUACUUAAGUUAUGCUCUUCUGUACAAUAUAGACUCAAAUGAAUUCUACUUUUCAGUUUUGUUCUUCACUAUGAUUUACUGUGCACCAAAGGAGUUUAAUAUGGUAUGGAUUAUUUUGCUCAAAGUGUUUUAGUAUAUGUGCUGCUGAAGUGAGCACGUUGCUGAAAGUAUUUUAAAAUAUUUCUCAUGUGAUUUCCAUACAUCCCUCCCCCUUCUUUUGCAUUGAAAUUGAAGAGAGAUUCCAUGAAUUAAGCCACUAUUAUUUUAGAGUGGAUAAAGCUUAGAAUUCUUUACUGGUGGGGCGCCUGGGUGGCUCAUUUGGUUAAGUGACCAACUUUGGCUCAUGACUGACUUUGGCUCAGGUCAUGAUCUCACUGUGAGUUCGAGCCCCAAGUCAAGCUCUGCCCUAACAAUGCAGAGCUUGUUUCAGAUUCUCUGUCUCCCUCUUGCCCUCUCCCUUUCAUGCUCUCUCUCUCUCUCAUUCGCUCUCUCUCUGUCAAAAAUAAAUAAACAGUAAAAAAAAAAAAAAAAAAAAAAAAAAAAAGAAUACUGGUGGCUCUACUACAGUGAUAAUUGAGAACUGUGUUGACUCAGGAAGAAAGAAAGAAAAAAAGAGAGAGAGAGAGAAAGAAGAGGAGGGGAGAAGAGAAGAGAGAAGAGAAGAGAAGAGAAGAGAAGAGAAGAGAAGAGAAGAGAAGAGAAGAGAAGAGAAGAGAAGAGAAAAGAGAAAAAACAACGCUGACAUCCUUAAUCCUUAAGCCAAGCAACACAGUGUGUCUCAAGCAUCGGUUUUCACCUUUGGGUAUAGAGUGUAAUCACCUGAGGAUCUUUAAAAAAAAAAAAAAAAACCUUGUGUCUGGGCUUUGCUUCCAAGGAUUCUGAUUCAUCUGUUCUGGGGUAGAGCCUCGGUGUUAGGACAUUUUAGAGCUCUUGCUGUACAUUAGAAUCACACAGGGUGUUUUUUGUUUUUCUUAAAUCUCUACACCCAGUGUGGGGCUUGAAUUUACAACCCCGGGAUCAAGAGUCCCAUGCGGUACCAACUGAGCCAUCCAGGCAUAGGGUGUUUUUAAAAAUAUUUGCCAAGACCCCUCCAGACAAGUAAAUCUGAGCAUCUGAAGGUGAGGUUCAUGCAUAGGUUAUUUUUAGAAAACUCUCUAGGAGAUUCUAAUGUUUAGACAGGUUGAGAACUACUAAAUAAGAAUGUCCUAAAGCACCAUAUAUAAAAGAAGCUUCAAAAGAAUGGGACUUUCCAUUUUUAUGCAGACAGCUGUUAGUAGCAGUGCUGUAUGCUCUCUUUUUGCAUUAAUAGCUUCUGGUAAUUAUACUGUGUCUUAUGGCCACAUCACUUACCAAAUCAUUCCUGUGUCGGUUUUUGAUGCAGCCUGUUUAUUGUUUGAACAGCCUGUAUCUGUUCCAACAUGCCUUUUCUCUUUUCCUGGUGAUUCAUCCUCAUGACAUACAAUGGAAUAUAAAUAUUUAUUGCAACCAUCUUUGGGUUUGGUAGAAUCACCGUAUCAUUAAUGGUGUAGGGAAAUACUGCUUGACAAGCCUUUAUUUGAAAACCUAGGUCUAGUUGUGUUUUGGAAUCAAAAUCUUCAGAUUUUAGAAAACUAAUGAAGUACAUAUAUUUAACUUAAAUUCCCCCCAAAAAAGAGUCUCAGGUGGUACCUAUUCUCAAAUACACUAAUGUUUCUAUGGUGAAUGUAUGAAUAGUACCACCAAGUGUGAUAACUGAACACUAUAAAGAGAGCCUCAGAUCAGGUCAGUUUUGUCACCAAAUUUAGGAAGGAACUUUCUGUUUUCAGAGCUUUUUUUGGAUAUGAGAAUUAUAGAUAAGGAAUUGUGGCUCUUUUUGUUUUCUUUAAUCUUAGAUGUGUUUUAUUGUAACAUCCUUCAUAAUUGGAUAUUUAACUAGUUCAACCUAUUCUUCCUCUUUACUGAGUGAACAGUUUAUUUUAAAAACACUUUCUGGGGCACCUGGGUUGCUCAGCGGGUUGAGUGUCCGGCUUCGGCUCAGGUCAUGAUCUCAUGAUUCGUGAGUUCAAGCCCCGCAUCGGACUCUCUGCUGUCAUUGCAGAGCCGGCUUCAGAUCCUCUGUCCCCAUCUCUCUCUUUGCCCCUCCCCAACUUGCGCUCUCUCUCCCUCUCUCAGAAGUAAACAUUAAAAACAAAACCUUUUUGAUAGAAAAAAGUAAAAACACUUUCAUAGAAAGAACUCCAUGUAAGAGUAUAACAAAACAAUACGUACUGCCUACCUAGGGCAGCCUAAAGGUAUACAUAUCAUUUUUAUCAUACUGUUAUACAGUAGAGGAGAGGAAGGUUAUGUGGCUCAAGGCUUUUGAAGCUUUUGAAGGAGACCUAAAGAUUUCAAGGAGUGGCAUAUGAAGACUCAUCAAAUGGAGCUACCAGGAGAACAAUGAAUUGAUACAACAGGUCAUUCCAUUCUUAGUUUUUCUCAUUACUUGGGUUAUGAGUGUCUCAACCAAGGUGUACAAAUUUCUUUCUUGUUUCUAACUGCUGUAUUUGUAGGAUGCUAGCUUCAGAAAUGCCAGACCCAUCCCAGUUAAAGACCUAGUGGAGAGAAAAAUCAUGCAAGGUGAGAUAUCAUAAACUCUGCCUCAUGCCUAUAGUAGUAAUGGCUGCUACCUGUUAUGCACAGCAGAUAUACUGGAGUGCAAUCAUCUGAUGUCCUUGAUGUUUCAUCUGCUGUUCCUGAUGCCAUCACAGUGAGAAAAAAACUGUCUUAGCCCCCAGAUCUCAGGUGAAUUGUACAUAUUUUAAAGAUGAAAACACAGUUAUGCAGCUAAAUUAUUUAAUCUCCUAAUAGAGUAUCUGUUGCUAUAAUUCCAAAUGGUCCUGAAUAUUUUAUUAAAAAAAUUUUUUUAAUGUUUGUUUAUUUUUGAGAGAGACAGAGUGUGAGCAGGGGAGGGUCAGAGAGAGAGGGAGACACAGAAUCUGAAGCAGGCUCCAGGCUCUGAGCUGAAGUCUGACACUUAACCGACUGAGCUACCCCAGUGCACCUGGUCCUGAAUAUUUUAAAAAGUAUAUAGAUGUUCAGUAUAUGUUUGUUAAAUUAAGUUGUUUGACUUUAAUCAGUGUUUCCUUUAAGAGUCACUGAAAGCUGAUAAUCAGGAACAUUGUUCUGGAGGAAAAUAAAAAAUAAAAAAAACCAGUUUGGCUACCUGAA